GCCCCAGGGAAAGACCUGCAUUUCCUGUCCAGUACCUUCCACCCAGGCACUAUAGCAAAGAUGGUGCCUGUCCUACUGUCUCUGCCACUCCUUCUGGGUUCAACGGUCCCCCAGGGGACCCAAGCGGGUCCCUACUUGCUGACCUUUCUCUACACUGGGCUGUCCAGGCCCAGUAAAGGCUUCCCUAGGUUUCAGGCCACCGCCUUCCUCAACGACCAGGCCUUCUUCCACUAUGACAGCGAGAGCAGGAAGGCAGAGCCCCUGGGGCCGUGGAGCCAGGUGGAAGGAAUGGAGGAUUGGAAGAAGGAGAGCCAGCUUCAGCAGGCCAGGGAGGAAAUCUUCCUGGAGACCCUGAAAGACGCCAUGAACUAUUACAAGGAAAGUACAGGGUCUCACACCUUCCAGGGAAUGUUCGGUUGCGAGCUCCAGAAUAACAGAAGCAGUGGAGCAUUCUGGAGAUAUGCCUACGAUGGAGAAGACUUCAUCGAAUUCAACAAGGAAGUCCCAGCCUGGGUGGCCUUGGACCCAGCAGCCCUGAACACCAAGAAAAAGUGGGAAGCAGAAAAAGUCUAUGUGCAGCGGGCCAAGGCGUACUUGGAAGAAGAGUGCCCGGGGAUGCUGCAGAGGUACCUGAACUACAGCAGAACUCACCUGGACCGACAAGAGCCUCCCUCCGUGACAGCCUCCAGCCACAUGGCCCCAGGACAGAACAGGACCCUCAAGUGUCUGGCCUAUGACUUCUACCCACAAGGAAUUGGUCUGCACUGGACUCGGGCUGGGGAGAUGCAGAAGCUGGAGUUGGAGAGACACAUUCUCCCCAGUGGAAAGGGCACUUACCUGUCCUGGGUGGUGGUGGGAGUCCCCUCUCAGGACCGAGCCCCCUACUCCUGCCACGUGGAGCACCGUAGCCUGGCCCAGCCCCUCACAUUGCUCUGGGAUGAGAGGCAGACAGCAAGCGCUGAAGACAAAGUGGAGACCCCACGGCCCCAGUAGCCAUUCUUUCUGCCUGACAUGAGAGAGCAGAACAUUAGAAAUCAGCAUCAAUGACAUCAACAGCAUAAAGAACAGGUGAUGGGUCUGGAAACAGAGGCUUGGAUUCCAGGCACGAGAUGAUUCUCCCCACCAAACACCUCAUCCCCCAGCUUCCCCCUCCAUUGUAUAAUCUGGAAAACCUAAUUCACAGUCAUCUCCUUGAGUAGCACAACAAAGAAAGGUAUUUUUAAACUCUAAAA